CCUUCAACUUUUAUUUCGUUAUCAAGCUUGGGACCUCUGAUAUAGAUGGAGCUGAAAUCCUUAACUUCCAAUUCUGUAUGCACUUCGGAGUUUGUCCAUGUGGGAAGAACAAGAACAGGAACCUAUUCCUCUUUGCUCUCAAAUUUCAGGAGCGUUAGAGUCUCUAGACAACUCAACUGUUUCGGUGGGUUAUUUCGAAGGAACAACGAAGCCUCGAAUAAAAUUUACUUGGCUGAUAAAGCUGUCAUCAGUUCAGUUGGCCCACAUAAUCUUGCGGCAGAAACGAGUUUUCAUCAUAUUAAUGGCACAAAUGGCUCAACUUCUAGUUUGUGUUCCAGAAAUCUGAGAGUACUUGAUGCCUUUGAUGAUGUGUAUGAGGGGGUUGUUAUUGAUUCAGACCGGUUACCAGACAACCCUUCUACCUUCGCAGCUAAUUUGCGUUUUUCUCUUUCUCAUUGGAAAAAGAUGGGGAAGAAGGGGAUUUGGCUUAGAUUGCCAUCAGAGCAAUCUGAUUUUGUUCCAAUAGCUAUUAAGGAAGGCUUUCGAUACCACCACGCAGAGCCAGGAUAUGUGAUGUUAACAUACUGGAUUCCUGAAGGACCUUGCAUGCUUCCAGCCAAUGCAUCACAUCAAGUAGGAGUUGGGGGAUUUGUCAUCAAUGACAGCAGUGAGGUGCUUGUAGUCCAAGAGAAGCAAUGUGCUCCUGCAAAUCGUGGUCAAUGGAAAAUACCAACUGGAUUUGUUCUUCAGUCAGAGGAGCUAUAUGCCGGAGCCAUUAGAGAAGUGAAGGAAGAAACUGGAAUUGAUACUGAAUUUGUUGAAGUCAUAGCAUUCAGGCAUGCACGUAAUGUGGCAUUUGAGAAGUCAGAUUUGUUCUUCAUCUGCAUGUUAAGACCCCUGUCAGCUGAGAUCAUUGUUGAUGAUCCUGAAAUAGAAGCUGCAAAGUGGAUGCCUCUAGUUGAGUUUGUAGAGCAACCACUUAUCCAAGAAGAUUCUAUGUUCAAGAAGAUCAUAGAUAUCUGUAUUGCUUGUCUCGAGAAGCGUUAUUGUGGCCUAAAUGCUCAUCAAAUGGUUUCCAAAUUUGAUGGAAAGUCAUCUUCCCUGUACUAUAAUGUCAUCAACUGUAUUGGCAGUUAAAUUAAAGAGCUCAAAACUCAAAGCAUGUACAAGUAAAAAUUUGCUCAACUUAUAUAUACUAGUACUAGUAGUACUCUAUUCUUCUCAAA